UUGUUCCUCGGUGUAAGCGUUAAAAAAGAUGGAAAGAGUAUGGAGGGAGCAAGAGUUUCGCGCUUUGUUUCUGUCCUGUGGAUGAUGGUAUUUAUUCUGGAUGUUGGUCUGACGUCCGACGGUGAAUUCAGAGUGACCAAGAAGAGGACGGCACGGAUUACGGGAGAUAUAUACCUCGGUGCACUGUUUCCUGUUCAUUAUGCCCCUUCACAAAGGGAGGCCUACACUAGGACAUGUGGGAAAAUUUGGGAACAGUACGGUAUGCACAGGAUAGAAAUGUUCUUCCUCGUACUGGACGACAUCAACGAGGAUGAGAAUAUCUUACCAGGUAUUCAACUCGGUUGCGACAUCCGAGAUUCCUGCUGGUAUUCCCCGAUCGCUUUAGAAAACAGCAUUGACUUCAUCAAGGACUCGAUCGCCAGUUUGGAGGUGCAAGAGUUUGGAAACAGAUCCAACCAAGAAGAAUGUUCCCGCAAAAGAAACAAGCCUAUUGCCGGACUUAUCGGUCCGGGGUCCAGCGCCAGCUCUAUACAAGUUCAAAAUCUCCUCCAGAUUUUCAACAUCCCUCAGAUCGGAUAUUCGGCUACCAGUAUGGAUCUCAGUGACAAAUCUUUGUAUAAGUAUUUUGUGCGUGUUGUCCCACCGGACCGUUACCAGGCCAAAGCAAUGUUGGAUAUUGUCCUGAAAUAUAACUGGACCUACAUUUCCAUCGUUCACACCGAAGGUAACUAUGGCGCCAGCGGGAUUGAGGUUUUCAAGAAACUGGCCAAGGAAGAAGGAUUGUGUAUCGCCACCAGUGACCAGGUGUCCAGCAACGGGCCCAACGAGUCUUUUGACGAAGUGGUGAAGAACCUGAAAUCCGUAUCCAAUGCUCGUGUUGUCAUAUGUUUCUGUGAAGGAAUGACCAUCCGGAGGCUAUUUGAGGCCACCCGCAGACAGCGCUCCGUGGGUCACUUCCUUAUCAUCGGCAGCGACGGGUGGGCUGAUAGACCUGAUGUUGUGUCAGGAAUUGAAGAAGAGGCUGUCGGAGGAAUUUCCAUCAAGCUCCAUUCACCAAUUCUGGAGAGUUUUGAUAAAAAGUUUCUGUCCUUACGCCCUCAUAGUAACAUCAGAAAUCCUUGGUUUCGAGAGUUUUGGCAACAGAAAUUUUCUUGCUACCUUCCGGGACCUGACCAGGAUUUCACCUAUUCCAUGCCAUGCACAGGAAAUGAAACCAUCAAAGAUUUCAAGCAAGACGCCAAGCUGGGGUUUGUGGUGAAGGCUAUAUAUGCCAUGGCGUACGCACUUCAUAACAUGCAUCGUGACGUUUGUGGUGGGAAACCAGUGUGUCCCGCCAUGGAUCCGAUAGAGGGCGUCAAAUACCUGGAUUACCUGAUGAACGUGUCCUUCACAAGCUACAGCGAGGAAAACGUCCACUUUGAUCAGAAUGGCGACCCUCCAGGACGAUAUGACAUCAUGAACUUCCAGAAGGUGAAGCUUGGUAAUAGUAAUGCCUCGUACCGAUACAGUCGCGUGGGACAGUGGGACAGCGGAGUUCUAGACAUGGAGGACGAUGAGAUUUAUUGGCCAAGAACAGGAAGAGGGGUGAUUACCGAGUCAGUGUGCAGCAAACCUUGCCCAAAAGGAAACAUCAAGAAAGUGCGCGGGGUUCACUGUUGUUGGAUCUGCACGCCAUGUCGUGACAAUGAAAUCGUUGUGGAUGAGGACACGUGUAAGGCAUGCGCAAAGGGAUUUUGGCCGAAUGAGGACUUAACCGCAUGUGAGAUGAUACCCAUUGAGCAUAUCUACUGGAGCGACACCGAGUCCAUCGUGGCGAUCUGUCUGGCCUGUCUUGGAAUCUUGAUAACCUUUUGGAUCCUGCUGGUCUUUCUUCGCCACAACAACACGCCUGUGGUCAAAGCCUCCACCCGGGAGCUCAGCUAUAUCAUCAUGAUCGGAAUACUCCUGGCUUACGUGAGCAAUUUCGUGCUGGUCGCCAAGCCCUCUAUCGUCACCUGCUACUUCGGACGUAUUCUACCAGGGCUGGCCUUUGCCUUGAUAUAUGGUGCCUUAUUGACCAAAACAAAUCGUAUUGCAAGGAUUCUGGAGGGAAGCAAAAAAAUCAUGACAAAGAAACCCAGAUUUAUGAGCGCCUCGGCGCAGGUUGUCAUCACAUGUAUCAUUAUAGGUGUGGAAUGUUCAGUCAUCACAAUAAUGCUGAUAAUCCAGCCGGCCGACUCCAAACUUGAUUUUUCCAUCAAUCAGAGAGUGAGGCUGGUCUGUAACACCACCACAUUGGGCAUCAUAGUACCCUUGGGGUACGACCUUGCCCUUAUCUUCCUCUGCACGCUGUACGCCGUGAAAACCCGAAAUUUGCCGGAGAACUUCAACGAGGCGAAAUUUAUAGGUUUUACCAUGUAUACGACGUGCGUAAUUUGGACUGGCUUCGUUCCCAUCUACUUCGGUAGUGAGAAUAAAACAGUUACUAUGUGUAUAUCUAUAAGCGCCAGCGCUUCUGUGUCGCUGGCUCUUCUGUUCUUCCCUAAAAUUUACAUCAUCAUCUGGGCCCCGGAAAAAAAUACGAGGAGCGCCUUUACAACGUCUAAAGACGUGAGAUGUCAUAUAGGCUCUCAGUUGAGCGCCGGCCGGAGCUCUCAUUCCAAUUCCAACGACAGCUUAGAUUUCUUCCGUGAACGAAAGGACAACGUGGCUGUUCACAGACAAAAGACUUUCUUCGAUCGUUACCGGAACAAGAAUCGGAGAGGCACACUUCCGGCUAAUACCUACCGACAGAGAAUGUCGGUUCCUAACGUGUACCGGUAUUCCCGGUCUGACGUCGUGCAGCCGCAAGUGAAACAGAAACCCAGCUGGAAUACGUACAACGGAAACCAAAGGAAAACGAAAGAUUACAGCGCGCAUGCGAAGAAUGACAACAACGACUUGGAAGACUUCCCAAAAACUUUUCUGGACGUGGCUAAAAACGGUGACGAUAUGGAGUUAAAAGAGCUAAGUACGAUUAGCUCAAGGGACGAAUCGUCUCCCAUCAGCUCUCGCGGCAGUAAGAAGGAAAGAUUCAGUUUUCCUCUUCGUCAUGACAGUGCGUGCCAAACAGGUGACGACCUCCUUAUUCAGUUUUAUCCGCAUUUACGGAGAAGGGCCAAGUCAAAGACGUCUGCCGAUCGCACUAGGAAUCGCUCUCUUUCACCAAGACCGUCAGGAAAACGCCAUCCAGACGCUCCGCUCAAGACUACAGUAUAUCGCCUGCCCGAAAACCACGACUCUAAGGGCAAAAUAAAAUACUUGAGCGUUAAGGGGCGGGCUUGUCAGCAUCUGGAACCGGUUAUAGACGGGUCAUGUAUGCGCAUAUCACACGAUCACUCACCGCUCUUACCGCGAUCUAGCAGCAAUUCUGUGACUGAAAUGACGUUUAGUGACUGUGACAGUCAGUCGGAAGAGCAAGAAUACGAAUAUUUCGAUGAUUUGCACGAACUUGUGACUUCCAUGGACGAACAGAGUCAUAUAUCGGGGAUCAGUAUUAUAGACGGCGAAAUGCGUGGGCCUAGGAGCCCUAACUCAUUACUCAACUCAUCCUCUAAUGGGGCUUCAAAUUUUGCCACCAGCAGAACUUCUUACCCCGAAGCUGCGGCGGUCUAUGACACACCGCAGUCCUCGUAUCCAAGGGCAAUUGCCAAGUCAAACGGACCGGUUGUUUACAGAGAUUCAGAGGAGAGUACUGCAGCUGUUGUUGUUAAACCUACCAAAGACAUUUACCCGAUGCUACAGGCCUCUCCCACUGAGCAGACUGCCGAAGAGGAUGUUUCAGCACUGCACCCUUUCUCGGGUCGAAUCCGCCGAAUCAGUGCCUUCAGUCAAAGCAGUUGUAGCGACGAGGCGUCCUCCAUAAAAUCGCUAGAGAACUUAUCAGUGCACGGACUUAAGCUGCUGGAUGACGAAGAAAUGAGUGUCAGUGACUUUCAUCAGUAUAUGAAAGCGAAAGGUCUCGAGUUGGAUCUGUCGUCUGUUCAGACAAGUGACGUAUGAUACUGGCUCCCAGCAGCUUAUAUACGACCCCAUUCAGUAUUCCUCUACGCUUUUUAUGUCAUGGCAGGGGAAAAUGGCAUCUACUUUUCUAGUUUACCACUUACCCUUUGUUGUAAGUGGAUAAAAUGGACUCGCUAUGGUGCUGUCAAUCUCUCUUUUUCUGUCCCACACCCUCUCAUUUUAUUCACACAUUCCACAGUGAGAACUGUUUACUGUGUAUUGUUCAUCACAGCGACACUGAUUCCAUUCCCUUUAUAGUGCAUGGUCCAUGCAGCGACAAAUGACCCAGUCGUCAUUGUGUGACGACCAAAAUUCGCUAUAUGAA